AUGGCUGGGCCCAUGGCGACUUCGAGCCCGUGGCUGCCGGCCUGCGUUUGCCACGGGACGGCUGGGCGCCGGAGGGCCGCAGGGGGAAUCAGGAGAUGGGGAGGACUGCGGGAAGGAGCGCAGAGGCGGGCUGUCGCGACGGACGGGCCCCUGGAAUGGCAAGAGGCCAGCCAGGGCGGUGCACCCCACGUCUCGCUCGAGGACCUGCCCCUCCCCGAAGGGGACACUGGCGGGUGGCCAAUCAUAGGCCGUACGCGGGAAUUCGUGAAAGAUCAACACGCCUUCAUGGCCGAGCAUGUCAAGAAACAUGGACUCGUCAGCACGGCGAAGCUCUUUGGAACGACCGUUGCCAUCAUUGCAGGGCAUGACAAUCUUCAGAAGGUCAUGUCCAAGGACGCCGGACUGCUGAAUCAGUACUUCAUGAAGGACUUUCAACAGCUGUCUGGACCCAGCUCGUUUUGGCACAAGGACGGUGAUGAUCACAUGGCGCUGAGGAGACUGAUCGCGCCAGCAUUCUCGCGGGCCGCCAUAAGGGAACGGAUUCCCGACCUUGCAAGGACGGCGGAAUACUGGUGCAGCAAAUGGGCGAACAAAAGGAAUAUUCUGGGGUCAGAAGAGCUGAAACACUAUACUCUGGAUGUCACAAUGGGUGCUCUUCUUGGGAUGGCCUUCCCCCUGAAUGGAAAGUCGCUGGAGGACAUGUACAAUGAGUUGCAGAUCUAUUCCAAAGGCGUCUACACCUUUGGGAUCGACCUUCCAUUCACAAAGUUUGGAAAAGCCAUGGCUGCAAGGAGGGAGAUUGUGAAGAUGGUUGACGAGGGGAUUGAACGCUUUCACAGCAAUCCGGAGCUGACAGGAGGCCUGCGGAGACUAAUUGACGAGCAAGAUGAGGAGGGCAAGGGGUUGACUAUGCAAGAGCUGGAGGACAACCUUGUCACCAUAAUCUACGCUGGAUUCGACACCACAGCUCUGGCUCUAACGACGGCCCUCAUGAAAAUGGCACAACAGCCGGAGGUUUGGAAGAAGAUGAAACAGGAGCAGGAGGACAUCAUCGCCAAGCAUGGCCCCAAAAUAACGGAAGCGGCCAUCGAGGACAUGGAAUACACCACAGCGGUGUACCAGGAAGGCGUGCGUGUGUUGCCUUCACUCCCAGGUCUUUUCAGAAUCGCAAACAAGACCUUUGAGAUUGGAGGGUGCCGUAUUCCCAAGGGCUGGCUGGUUGUUCCACUACUCGGCACCACUGCUCAGCACUUUGACGACCGGUGGCCUGGCGAGGCGGACUAUUGCCCACACCGACACCUGACGAAAGCAGGACGUGAGCCCGUCCCAGACUUGGCCUUUGGCUUGGGGCCACACUCCUGCGUCGGACGUUCCCUGUCCCUGCUGGCUGGAAAAAUCUUGCUGGCCACCAUGGCCCGCGGUUACAGCUACACCAUUGCCAAUCCCUACCAGCCCAGAGUCUAUGCGCCAUUGCCCUGGCCGCAGGAUGGACUCGCUAUGAUAGUCGAAAGGUAA